GCCCCGGCUCGUCUCCCGCUGCCGCCAUGCUCGACUUCUUCACCAUUUUCUCCAAGGGCGGGCUUGUGCUCUGGUGCUUCCAGGGCGUGAGCGACUCAUGCACCGGGCCCGUUAAUGCGUUGAUUCGCUCCGUCCUGCUGCAGGAACGGGGCGGUAACAACUCCUUCACCCAUGAGGCACUCACACUCAAGUAUAAACUGGACAACCAGUUUGAGCUGGUGUUUGUGGUUGGUUUUCAAAAGAUCCUAACGCUGACGUAUGUAGACAAACUGAUAGAUGAUGUGCACCGGCUUUUUCGGGACAAGUACCGCACUGAGAUCCAACAACAAAGUGCUUUAAGUCUAUUGAAUGGCACUUUUGAUUUCCAAAAUGACUUUCUGCGGCUCCUUCGUGAAGCGGAGGAGAGCAGUAAGAUCCGUGCUCCCACUACCAUGAAGAAAUUUGAAGAUUCUGAAAAGGCCAAAAAACCUGUGAGAUCCAUGAUUGAGACGCGGGGGGAAAAGCCCAAGGAGAAAGCAAAGAACAGCAAAAAAAAGGGGGCCAAGAAGGAAGGUUCUGAUGGCCCUUUGGCGACCAGCAAAGCAGUCCCCGCAGAAAAGUCGGGUCUCCCAGUGGGGCCCGAGAAUGGAGUGGAACUUUCCAAAGAAGAGCUGAUACGCAGAAAGCGAGAGGAGUUCAUCCAGAAGCAUGGGAGGGGUUUGGAAAAGUCCAGCAAGUCCAAGUCAGAAGCUCCAAAGGAGAAGGGCAAAAAAGCGCCCCGGGUGUGGGAACUGGGUGGCUGCGCUAACAAGGAAGUCCUGGACUAUAGUACUCCCACCACCAACGGAGCCCCUGAGGCUGCCCUGUCUGAGGACAUCAACCUGAUUCGAGGGACUGGGCCUGGGGGGCAGCUUCAGGAUCUGGACUGCAGCAGCUCAGAUGAUGAAGGGGCCGCUCAAAACUCCACCAAACCUAGUUCUACCAAGGGAACUCUGGGUGGCAUGUUUGGGAUGCUGAAGGGCCUGGUGGGUUCCAAGAGCUUGAGUCGGGAAGACAUGGAAUCUGUGCUGGACAAGAUGCGUGACCAUCUCAUUGCUAAGAACGUGGCUGCAGACAUUGCUGUCCAGCUCUGCGAAUCUGUCGCCAACAAGUUGGAAGGGAAGGUGAUGGGGACGUUCAGCACGGUGACUUCCACGGUGAAGCAAGCCCUACAGGAGUCCCUGGUGCAGAUCCUGCAGCCACAGCGUCGUGUGGACAUGCUCCGGGACAUCAUGGAUGCCCAGCGCCGCCAGCGCCCUUACGUCGUCACCUUCUGUGGUGUUAACGGAGUGGGGAAGUCUACUAAUCUUGCCAAGAUUUCCUUCUGGCUGUUAGAGAACGGCUUCAGUGUCCUCAUAGCUGCCUGUGAUACGUUUCGUGCUGGGGCUGUGGAGCAGCUGCGCACACAUACCCGGCGUCUGAGUGCCCUACACCCCCCAGAGAAGCAUGGUGGUCGCACUAUGGUGCAGUUGUUUGAAAAGGGUUAUGGCAAGGAUGCUGCUGGCAUUGCCAUGGAAGCCAUUGCCUUUGCACGUAACCAAGGCUUUGAUGUGGUGCUGGUGGACACGGCUGGCCGUAUGCAAGACAAUGCCCCUCUGAUGACCGCCCUGGCCAAACUCAUUACCGUCAAUACACCUGACCUGGUGCUGUUUGUGGGGGAGGCCUUAGUAGGCAACGAAGCCGUGGACCAGCUGGUGAAGUUCAACAGAGCCUUGGCUGACCACUCAAUGGCUCAAACACCUCGGCUCAUUGAUGGCAUUGUCCUCACCAAAUUUGACACCAUUGAUGACAAGGUGGGAGCUGCUAUUUCUAUGACGUACAUCACAAGCAAACCCAUCGUCUUUGUGGGCACUGGCCAGACCUACUGUGACCUACGCAGUCUCAAUGCCAAGGCUGUGGUGGCUGCCCUCAUGAAGGCUUAAUGUGGCUCUUGUCCAAUACCAAAUUGCCGCUUUCCCCAAGCCCCUCUUCCUGUAUCAAGAAUGUGCUUUAGAGUCUGUGAGCAACUUGUCUUCAGUGUAAUACAAAGGCAGGGUGAGGGGAUUUCCAGGGGCCUGCAGCUCCUUCUAACCCCGUGCCCUGCUCAGUCCAGCCUCCAUCUGCAAGGAGGGCCUAAUCAUGUUCCAAUCACUGCCCAGUGACUUCCCCUUUCCUACUCAGGCAUCCCCUUCACUCUGCAACAAACUCCGUUACGACAGCUUUGACCAAUGGUUGGAAGACCCAACACCAGAGCUUUGCUAAUCAGUGUGGUCAUGGAGCACCUGGGCCUAAUGAGCAGGCUGCUGUGCCAGCACCGUUAGGUUAGACUUGCAGCGCCAGCGCUGGGUGAUACCUCUCCCUAGGACACACAGGUUUCAGGUCCUUGGGGCCAGGAUGACACCACCUCACUAUGGCAGUGUAUGGCCUGUUCUUAAUUGCUGCUAAUUCUAAAUCUGAUGACGACUCCUACCCCAUUGUUGCCCCCAAAGCAUCAGCUCGGCCAGAGUGAUUUCUUACAAGUAAGUGGAGGAUGAGUCCCUGCUUCCCUCAGAACUCAAACAAAGGGAGCCGACUGCAGUGCUGCAUUGGGCUUCUCAGCCUUCCGGCUUGACCCCACACCAAAAUCCAGAUGUAACCUUUGCAUGUUCCCCUUCCUGGGAGAAAACACUUGUCAGAGGCUAUCAGUCGCCCCCGCCCCAGCUCCAUCCUUCACCUCCUGAGUGAGUCCUGGCUUUCCCCAUCCCUCUCUACAGUGCCUGGUAGACAAGUGCUACAUUGAAGAAUACAAACCUCUGUUCAGACUUGUCCUGUAGCUUGGUAUUACAGAUGUGCUAUUAGUGCAAUAAGGUGAAGGCUGUCCGCCCAGAGAAAAACAUAAUUUAUAUAAGAAAAUAAAUUUCAUAAAUAAAUUGCC